UGUUAAAUAACUAUCUGAGGCCAUCAUGACGUAUUUUUGCUCCGUAUCAAGCUUCAUUCAGAGCAAAUAUUUUUAAGAGUUGUUCGUUUUUAAACGAGAGUUUUAUAGUUACCCAGCAACACUUGCAAACAUGAAGAGAAGAUGGCACUUUGGAAGAGGCUUAUUUUGACUAUGUCGGUUUAGUUUUGCAAACGACAACGAAGCCUUUCAUGAGGGGUGGAAUUAGCCGCUAUUUAAUUUCAACUCUUUUAACAUCAUGAUAUAAAUAACAAUCUAAGGGAUGGAACCGAAUGAAAACAGGUUCUUUCAGGAGGAUGUACACGUAGCUGACCCGAGCUCCAAUGUAAACGGUACUUUAAAAAGGCCCUCGAAAUCUCGCUCUCGGGUUUGGGAAAAGGUUGUUUGGUUUACCAGAAGAGCAAAAGGAGGAAAAGACAGCAAAGGUGCUGGAGCAAGCGCUGCUGAGCUGUUGAAGAGCAACACAAGCAGUGGUUCGGACUUUGUUCGUGAUCCAAGAGCACUCGAAGUUGAAAAGUCCUCAGGCAGGCAUAAAAUACGGAAGAACCGAAGCAUCAAAUAUCUGAAACGACGCAAGGUGAGACAAUUUGGUGACGAUCUUUGCUCAGGUGUUGUUGAAACAGAAGUAAGUGUGCAGGAGUGCGGAACAGCGACGGGGACCUUCCAUGAUUUUAGCUCUGAGAGGCGCAUUUCCCGUUUAGAUCGAACUUCAAGUAACAACAGCUUGCUCAAUGAAAUAGCUAAAGGAAUGAACCGUUCACCGCUGAAAGCCAAAGAGAACGUGAAAAGCGUCUUAUCUCUUCCACUUCACGAUUUGUCACUAAACGAAGGAAGAAUUCCAGAUAAUAUCACUUCUCCAACUUUUCCUCCAGUUCGACGUAGUGUGAGCUUCUCCGGCCCAGCUUAUAACAGCUGGCCUCGAAAGAAAAGAACACAUCUUGAAAACUCUUCAAACGUUCAUCUGCUUUCUCCUCCUUUGAAGCAAAAACGCGUCACUAGUUUAAGAAAAGGAGCAUCAUUCAGUGGAUUUGAUUCUUCAAGGGUACAUUUGAAAAAUUCUUCUUUGCCACAGUACAGGAACGUGAAAAGCACCCCUCAUUUAACUCCAAUAGCACAGGGUGGUCACAUUAAAAAUCAAAAUGGUUCAACUAUUGGUGCAAUUCACUUUUAUAAAAGUCCAGUUCUUUACCAAGAAGAGGCAGCUGUUAAAAAUUUCCAACCAAAGAUGCAGGAGAAAGUAACAUAUGACAACUCUUUUUCUAAAUGCUCAACUCCUCACAGUUCAAUGUUUAAGUCUGACUUGAAAAGAGAUGGUGCAGUAUCUAUUCCAUUACCAAGGGGAUCAGAUAUAAUUACCCAACAUCCUGAUACAAUUGUUAAUCCAAAUCAUGAGAUGCUGGCAAAACAUGUGGAUGAGAGCAAUUUGGUCCAUAAUGAACACGGCUGUAGUCAAGUUCCCAACAGUUCCAAUAACUUAAUUAGUUUUACUGUUAGAAGCAGUGAAGGUCAAAACCCAACAAUUUCUGCAUUUCUGUUAGAGGGAGAAUGCUCUAGCAGCUGUUUGACAUCUAGUCCUGUUUAUUCUUCUGAGGAGGACUUGGAGAAGGAGAAGCUGUUGCUGCCAUGUAUUUCAUCUGAGUUUACAACACAGGUUGAUUCUACAAACCAAGACAUUGAUGGGGUGGAAAAAAAUGCUUGUGAUAAUACACUAAAAGAAUACAAUGGGCAUGAAAAUGUUUUCACAAGCCUUGAUGGUAACAAAGCUAUGGAUAUCCAAGAGUAUGAUGCCAAGGUCCAUGGAUUGAAAGCAGUUGAACAAGAUUCAGUUUCUUCCACUGUCACCGAAUAUAAUUCGCUUUCUUCAGUUGUAUCUGAUGUAAUAUCCAGUAACAGCAGAACAGAGACAACAGCCCACUGUGAUGCACAAAAAUGCUCAGCCCUUCCAUCUCGAAGACUUUCUUUGGUUGAUGAAAUUAGAACAGUUGAGAUAAGGACUUCUCUUGGUCACCAUGGUCAUGGGCAAACGUUAUGGACAGGAAAUCAAGUGAUUUGGCAGAGAAAGCCAACUAUUAAUGGAGCACAGUUUAAGAAGUGCAGUGAGGAUAUUUUGCAGUGGUUCCGUGAAUUUAAUGAUGAACAGAAGAAUAUUUUAAUUCGGAAACUUCUGGAAGAAUGUGAGUUGCCGCAGAUGCAUAUGCUGUCUGUUGCAAUGGAACCUGUUCUUCAUAAAAGCUGCCCUCCAAAUUGUCAGGACAUGUUGGCUUGGUUACCACAUCAUGUGGCAUUGCACAUUUUGUCUUUUCUUGACUUAGUGAGUUUGUGUCACUGUAGUCAAGUCAAUCACACAUGGAACAACUUGGCCAGUAACCCCUUGCUGUGGCAAAGUCUUUGCGGGUGCCCUGGCUGGCAGUUAUCAAGGAUUGGAGAAGAGAAAGAAAAAAAGAAAUACACUAUGGAUGAUGGAACAAUUCAGUGGAAAAAGAUGUUUGCAUCAAGGUAUCUUUUACAUCAGAAUUGGUUAAAAGGAAAGUGUAAUGUACGAACAUUUGAAGGCCACACACAAGGUAUCUCGUGUGUUCAGUUUGAUGACACAAGGAUUGCGAGUGGUUCAUAUGAUAAGACUAUAAGGGUCUGGGAUAUUCAGAGUGGUGAGUGUGAUGUAGUGCUGACUCUAGCUGGUCACUCAGGGACAGUUCGAUGUUUAAAUCUCAAUGGCAACAGAUUGGUCAGUGGCUCUGUGGAUAGAUCCAUUAAGGUAUGGGAUCUGUCAUUUAAGUCAUACUGGAGUGGUGCUUCAUGUAAGGUGACUAUGGUUGGUCACAUGCACACAGUCCGCUGUCUUCAGGUUGAUGAUGAGAAGGUUGUUAGUGGUUCGUACGAUAAGACCCUCAAAGUCUGGGAUAUUAGGACUGGAAAUUGCCAGCUAACUUUGAGGGGUCAUAAUGCUGCAGUGCUAUGUGUUCAGUUUGACGACAGAAAAAUAGUGUCUGGAUCAUAUGACAAGACUAUUAAGGUGUGGAGUCUGACAGAGGGUUCAUGUCUUAUGACACUGACAGGCCAUCAUGAUGCUGUCACUUGUUUGAAUUUAACAUUUGACAGCAGGAAGGUUAUCAGUGGCUCACUGGAUCACAAUCUUAAAUUUUGGGAUCUGCUAACUGGAAAGUGCAUUGGCACUCUGGAUUGGAUCAGAUCUGAGGGUCACACUGGUGUUAUAAGAUGUCUUCAGACAGACAGUUGGAGAAUAGUGAGUGCUGGUGAUGACAAAACACUGAAGAUGUGGAGCUUGGAAAGUGGACAGCGUUUGCUGACAUUACGUUGUCACACAGAUGGAGUGACAUGCUUACAGUUCAAUGAUUAUAGCAUUGUCUCCGGAUCUUACGACAAAACCGUUAAGUUGUGGGACUUCACCCCUUCACAUGAAUUUCUGACUCCUGGCUGAGCAGAGAGCUUCGAUAACAGAGGAUUCAGCCGGUCAAGGAUAUUUUGUUGCAGGCAUUUUGCAACUGACACUCAAUUAUUGCUGAAAUUGUGUCAUGGAACUUACCAUUUUGAAGUGUACAUGCAUGUACAACAGCAAUUUGCUUUAAGUGGGGAACUUUAAGAUAGAAUUUCUCAUCACCUUCCCUUUAUCCUCCGUUGCUUUCAAUUAUUGGACUCAAAGAUUAAUUUACUACCACAUGUGUCACUUCAACAUACAAUUUUUUUGUGAAUAAACCCUGAAUAAACUAUCUGUAGAAUAAACCCUGUGUACAGCAGUAUGAAGGCAAGUUACUAUGAAUCAAAUCUUAGAAUUAAAAACCUAAGUAAGACUUUAAAUUUUUGGUGGUGGCUGCCUGUUUGAGCAGAAAUAGUUGACGAGUUUAUUUACAGUGGUUUAUAAAUGACAAUUAUAGAAAUAUUUAUUUUAGAACAAAAGUAAACCAACAGAAUUUCUCUCAGGGUGUUAAGUCAAAAAUGUCAAGUUGUGGGACUUUACUCAUUCAUGGAUACAUUUAUUUUACAAGAGUGCUCUCUUUGUUUGAAGUAUGGCACGUAUUAGACAGACUCUUUUCCUUGCUUUGUUCAGUUUUUAACCUUCCACAUUAGCAAAACUGAGAUGUUCACGUGUUACUUAGGGCUCCAUGUGUAGGGAAUACCCAAAAGUGAAAAAGGGGAAAAGAUUUGAGUCCUAUUUUGGUGGAAACUUUGAAGGGCUAUUUUUAAGAACUAGAAAUUAAUUUUUUAUGUUUUGAUUUGGUACAUAGGUUAGUUCACAACUCAUAACCAUUAGUUUGAUUCUUUGUAUGUGAUCAGUAUUUUUGAACAAAGGAAUAUAUACAGUGAAGAAAUGGAAUAUCAAAGACCAUUCAAUUUUGCAUCUAAAAUGUGUUUCCUUUAAUUUGCUGCGAAGCCAUUUAUUUUAGACCAGGAUAAAAAAUAUCUGAUGUUUGGGUUGUGUUCACCUUCAGGGUUCUGAUGUGUUUUACUGCCAUUUUUUUACAUAAGGAUUCUGUUCCACAUGCCUUAGUCCUUAGUUGGGUGAAUUUUAUUUUUGUACCAAAGACUUUGUUAAUUUGUACUGUGCUGGCGUUAAUAUGCAUGUAAAGUGGCUGAUCAUUAGUGUUGAGGGUCACUGAUCAAUGGAAAUUACCAUAAGGCUAUUAAAGUAUUUUGAUCUCA